AUGUCUGCUGUUAGCUUCAUCCAGUAUGGCCUCCUUCUUGUCAUAGCAGGAUGCCUUGCCAAGUUGAUACUACUUACACGACCGCCAAAGGGGCUUCCACCAGGACCUCCUCCCCUACCAAUACUUGGUAACAUUCGAGACAUGCCGCCAAGUGGCGGUCGUACCUGGGAACACUGGGCAAAGUUCAAGGAGCUCUACGGUCCCAUCGGCGCUCUCACAACCUUUGGUACCACAUUGAUCAUCAUCAGUGACUACGACUUGGCUGUGGAGCUGCUACAGAAGAAUUCGGGAAUCAGCGCCGACCGUGCCCAGCCAACCUUCCUGGCUGAAAUGUGUCAAUGGUGGGGAAACACUGCGUUGAUUCCCUACGGCACACAACAUCGCAACUCGCGCAAGCAAAUCGCCUCAGUCUUCGGCUCCGAUAAGUUGCUAACCAAGUUCAACCAUAUGCAGGACUUGGAAGUUCGUAGGUUCCUCCUUCGUGUUUUGAAGCAACCAGAGUCACUUCUGCAUCACAUCCGAACAGAGAUAGGAGCUAUCAUACUGAAGAUCACCUACGGCUACAACGCUGCCACAGACUCUUCGGAUCCACUGGUGGAGCUGGCCGAUACUUGUGUCAGAGAGAUUGGAGAGGCUGCAAAUGUAGGCGCAUGGCUCGUGGAUUUGAUCCCCGCUCUCAAGAAUCUACCUAGUUGGUUCCCAGGAACUUCUUUCAAGCAAACAGCACUACAGUUCAAACGAACGGCGUACGAAGGCGCCGUCAGGCCGUGGAAGUUCGUUGAAGCACAGAUGGCCGAUGGACAGCAUACACCCUCGUACGUGUCGGACUUGCUCGAGAGAGCGGGUGGAAAGAUGUCGCAGGAGGAAACCUUUUACGCCAAGUGGACUGCGCUGUCAGUUUAUCUAGGUGGCGCAGAUACAUCCGCUUCUGCGAUUGCCUCAUUCUUUCUGGCAAUGACAUGGCAUCCAGAAAUCCAGGAGAAGGCGCGCGAGGAGAUAGCUCGAGUCGUGGGCAGCGGCAGACUGCCAGAAUUGAGUGAUCGACCGUCCAUGCCAUACAUCGAAGCGAUUGCCAAGGAAUCACUUCGAUGGCAUCCAUUCGUACCGGAAGGCGUACCACAUUUGAUGACUGCCGAGACCACACUUGCAGGCUAUCGCAUUCCGGAGGGUGCCAUCAUCAUCGCGGCUGCCUGGUCCAUGGGCCACGACAAAAACAUAUAUUCUGAGCCGGACCAAUUCAAUCCGGAGAGAUAUCUCGGAGACACCCCAGAGAUGGAACCCCGUAACUUCGUCUUUGGAUUCGGCCGAAGAAUCUGUCCCGGAAAGCUUUUGGCAGAACAGUCCGUGUUUCUGACAAUCGCAAAAGUCCUAUCGGUAUUCGAAAUUGCUGGACCCAAACAGGGGGAAGGAUGUCCGAUUUCCUUUGACCCUGGUCUGGUCAGCCAUCCGCACCACUUUGAAGCAGCUAUCAGACCGAGAAGUCAAGAGCACGCUGCUCUCAUUCUGGCAGUCGAGAAGGAGCCACAAGUAAAGAGUAGUGCGGAGAUACUGAAGAAUAUCACGAGUUGGUAA